GCUGGGCUUGGUUGUCAUGAGAGCGGCGGCUGCGGCCGGGGCGAUGGGCAGAGGCGGCCGGGUUGGCUUCUUCCCUGUCACUGCCGCAGCAGCUUGGGGUGCAAGGCGGCCUGGGGCGGCGGAAGGGGCGCCCCCUGAGUUCCGUCUGAGGAAGCGGCUGCUGCCGAGGAAGUCUACGAGAGCCGGAUCCCGCCCGCCCCUGGGGUCCGGGUGCUGAGGCGCAGUCUGGCCACCUCCCCGGGCCGCGGCACCGCUCCGACCCAGCCGCCCUCUCCACCGGGGCCGCGGCAGCGCCAGUCGGAGCCGUUCCCUCUGAGCAGCCCAAACGUGCAGAAUGCCCCACAAGAUUGGAUUUGUAGUUGUCAGCUCAUCUGGACACGAAGACGGCUUCAGUGCCCGGGAGCUCAUGAUCCACGCGCCAACCGUCAGUGGGUGGCGGUCACCUAGAUUUUGCCAAUUUCCACAAGAAAUUGUCCUUCAAAUGGUGGAGAGAUGUCGAAUAAGGAAACUACAGUUACUUGCUCACCAGUAUAUGAUUUCAAGUAAAAUUGAGUUCUACAUUAGUGAAAGCUUACCUGAAUAUUUUGCACCCUAUCAAGCAGAGCGGUUUCGAAGACUUGGCUACGUGUCUCUCUGUGAUAAUGAAAAGACAGGUUGCAAAGCCCGGGAACUAAAAUCAGUUUAUGUGGAUGCAGUAGGACAAUUUCUUAAACUGAUUUUUCACCAAAACCAUGUCAACAAAUACAACAUAUAUAAUCAGGUUGCUUUGGUUGCCAUAAAUAUCAUUGGAGACCCUGCAGAUUUCAGUGAUGAAAGCAAUACUGCCUCUCGAGAGAAGUUGAUUGACCACUACCUUGGGCACAACAGUGAGGACCCUGCUCUAGAAGGAACUUAUGCCAGGAAAUCUGACUCCAUUUCUCCACUAGAUGACUUAGCUUUUGAUAUGUACCAAGAUCCAGAAGUUGCACAGAUUAUACGAAAAUUAGAUGAAAGAAAACGAGAAGCUGUCCAAAAAGAACGCUAUGAUUAUGCCAAGAAACUAAAACAAGCUAUUGCUGAUUUGCAAAAGGUUGGUGAGCGCCUUGGGAGGUAUGAGGUAGAGAAACGCUGUGCCGUGGAGAAGGAAGACUACGAUCUCGCCAAGGAGAAGAAGCAGCAGAUGGAGCAGUAUCGCGCCGAGGUGUACGAGCAGCUGGAGCUGCACAGCCUCCUGGAUGCCGAGCUGAUGCGAAGACCUUUUGAUUUGCCCCUCCAGCCCCUCGCUCGUUCUGGCAGUCCUCGCCACCAAAAGCCAAUGCCCUUACUACCACAACUGGAAGAAAGAGGAACAGAAAACCAGUUUGCAGAACCUUUCCUUCAGGAAAAGCCUUCAUCAUAUUCUCUAACUAUUUCUCCUCAGCAUUCUGCAGUAGACCAGUUACUCCCUGCCACAGAUCCUCAUCCAAAGAUCAAUGCAGAGUCCCUGCCCUACGAUGAACGGCCUCUUCCAGCUAUUCGUAAGCAUCAUGGGGAGGCAGUGGUGGAGCCGGAAAUGAGUGAUGCAGACAUCAGCAAUGCUCGGAGGGGAGGCAUGUUAGGGGAGCCAGAGCCCUUAACUGAGAAGGCCUUGAGAGAAGCCAGCUCUGCCAUCGAUGUGUUGGGAGAAACCUUGGUUGCUGGGGCCUAUUCUAAGACAUGGUCCUACCGAGAGGAUGCACUGCUUGCCUUGUUUAAGAAGUUGAUGGAAAUGCCUGUUGGAACCCCAAAAGAAGAUUUAAAGAACACACUGAGAGCAUCCGUCUUUCUCAUUAGAAGAGCCAUAAAGGACAUUGUGACCUCCGUCUUUCAGUCUUCUUUGAAAUUGUUGAAAAUGAUCAUUACACAAUAUAUUCCUAAACAUAAACUGAAUAAACUUGAAACAGCUCACUGUGUGGAGAGGACCAUUCCCGUUUUGCUCACCAGAACUGGAGAUUCUUCUGCCCGCCUCCGCGUCACAGCUGCAAAUUUUAUUCAGGAAAUGGCCUUGUUUAAAGAAGUUAAGUCUCUCCAAAUUAUUCCAUCCUACCUGGUGCAGCCAUUGAAAGCAAACUCUUCAGUUCACCUGGCAAUGAGUCAGAUGGGCCUCCUGGCCCGGCUGCUGAAAGACCUGGGCACUGGCAGCUCGGGCUUCACCAUUGACAACGUGAUGAAGUUUUCAGUGAGUGCCCUGGAGCAUAGAGUGUAUGAGGUCCGCGAGACGGCGGUUAGAAUUAUUUUGGACAUGUACAGACAGCACCAGGCUUCCAUCCUGGAGUACCUUCCUCCAGACGACAGCAACACACGCAAGAACAUUCUCUACAAAACAAUUUUUGAGGGAUUUGCUAAAAUAGAUGGCAGACCUACAGAUGCUGAGAUGAGGGCACGGAGAAAAGCGGCUACAGAAGAAGCAGAAAAACAAAAGAAAGAAGAAAUAAAAGCUUUACAAGGGCAGCUGGCAGCACUGAAAGAAAUUCAGGCUGAAGUUCAGGAAAAAGAAAGUGAUGCUGUGAAGCCAAAGAAUCAGGACACUCAAAGAGGGAAAGCAGCACCUGCCGAAGCUCUGGGAAUCCUGGAUGAGCAUUAUCUGGAUAAUUUGUGUAUUUUUUGUGGGGAAAGGAGUGAAUCCUUCACAGAGGAAGGUCUGGAUCUCCACUACUGGAAGCACUGUCUCAUGCUGACAAGAUGUGACCACUGCAAACAGGUGGUCGAGAUAUCCAGUCUGACGGAGCACUUGCUGGUGGAAUGUGACCAAAAAGACGGGUUUGGAAAGUGUUACCGUUGCAGUGAGGCUGUUUUCAAGGAAGAGCUGCCCAGACACAUAAAAAACAAGGAUUGCAACCCUGCCAAACCAGAGAAGCUGGCAAACCGGUGUCCUCUGUGCCAUGAGAACUUCAGCCCUGGAGAAGAGGCAUGGAAAGCUCACCUGAUGGGUCCAGCCGGCUGCAGCAUGAACCUGCGCAAGACACACAUUCUGCAGAAGGCCCCGGCACUGCAGCCAGGCAAAAGCUCAGCUGUGGCCACAUCAGGCCCCUCGGGGUCAAAGGCCGGAAGCAAGAUCCCCACCCCGAAGGGCGGACUGAGCAAGAGCUCCAGCAGGACGCACGCCAAGUGCUGACGUGGUGCUCAGGCUCCUUUGUCUCUGUAAGGGACGGAGCAGGUCUCCUGAUUCUACACCAUUUGUCCAGAACUCUCUGGCUUUGGUGAACCCAUGCUUUGGCUGCUGUCCCCAGCUCCCAGUCGUGCAUGCCUCUUACAUGUCUGUGCCGUCAGCUUUCAUGCAAAUGAUAUGUAUGGAACUAACCAAAGAUCCUGUGUGCAGCGCCAGGACCUGGCCACACUGUACAUUAAGCCUUCAGGGCUGUCUCAGGCCUUCCUUAGAAUCAGAAGAGGAAGCGUCCUGUUUGGAGAGAGCUGGAGAGCACCACCCAGGAGGCGCUAGCGCAAGGCCACCGUCAGCACAGGCACGGUCCCGCUUUCCUUAGUGCUUGGAGCAAUUUCCAUAAAAUAUUCACCAGAAACCUUUUGCACAUCGGUCUCUGCCACACGCAGUAGAAUUUCCGCAGGGCUGUGGCUCGGCCAGCAUGGUUCCAGAAGAGUGGCGGUGCACAUGGGCCUCCAGCCGUGCCUUCUCCCUGCAGGCCCCAUCUGCUGGGCCUGCUGCCCAGUGCACUCAGUCCCGGGUAGCAGAACUCACAUUCCUACUAUAGCAAGAAAUAAAGGCAAAAGAGAACAUCUCUUUUUAAAUCGUAGUUUUUUUGAGAAUUGGUCCCACCUCAGCCGCACCUUGCUGGAUGCUUCUCCAGUAGUGCUGCCUCUGUGACAGGCGUCAGCUCCCUGCUGGAACUGAGGUAGACACAGGUGUGGGCCCUUCCCGUGCCUUCGCUCAGAGGCGCUUCACAUUCUCCACACUUUCAAAUUCCUAAAGACAUGUGGAGGAAGUCACUGUUAAAUGAAUUUCCACCUGAUCACCCUGUGUUCACAGCAGGCAGAAGCCCACUGGUAUGGGCCUCCCGCCCCUUCCACAUCCACGUUAUGAUUGGAUCCGUAAGUUUACUUUCUUCAAACAGUUGAUAGGAUGUUUAAAACACCAUCACAUUGCUUAAAAUGAUGAAACCAACCCUCAAAAAACAGUCUCCUAACCAGCCAUCCCCUCCUGUGGGAGUGAGCUGGGGGUUUUGUCCAUUGCUUUGGUUGGGCCUGUGUCACAUCCAGGCAGCCAUGUGGAGGGAGUCAGGGUCUGUCUGGAAGCAUCCACCCUCUCGCUGCCCCAGCCUGUGUUCCCAGGGGCCUAGGCUACCACGGACUGAAGGGCAGUCCCCUCCCACCCGGUGCCCAGGGCUGGUGUUGCAUGGGCAGACUUCAACAAUGAUAGAAAGGUUUGGGUUGAUGGAGUUUGUAUUAAUGCAAUUAGUAUAUAAAUAUGUUUUAAUUGCUAACCGUGUGAAACAACAAAAUAUCUAAAAACUAAUCCCUAUUUGAAUAAUGUACUCCCUGGCCUGGAUACAUUAAUAACCAUGAAUUUGCAUGAAUUAAUCUCCACGUUUGGUAAACUAAUACCUCUGGUUGACUCAGAAUACUGAGUAAGAUAUAAGACCUACCAAGAACCUUUAAGAAUAUGCUCUGCUAAAUGUUGUUUGUCUGUUCAAGACGGAGUCUCACUCUGUCACCGGGGCUGGAGUGCAAUGGCGUGAUCUUGGCUCACAGCAACCUCCGCCUCCUGGGUUCAAGCAAUUCUCCUGCCUCAGCCUCCCUAGUAGCUGGGAUUACAGGUGCACACCACCAUGCUCGGCUAAUUUUUUGUAUUUUUAGUAGAGAUGGGGUUUCACCAUGUUGGCCAGGCUGGUCUCAAACUCCUCACCUCAUGAUCUGACCACCUCAGCCUCCCAAAGUGCUGGGAUUACAGGUGUGAUCCACCAUGCCCAGGUUAAAUGUGUUUAAAGUAUAAGGAGAGAGGAGGCUGGGUGUGGUGGCUCACGCAGUAAUCCCAACACCUUGGGAGGCUGAGGCGGGCGGACCACCUGAGGUCAGGUGUUCGAGACCAGCCUGGCCAACAUGGUGAAACCCCAUCUCUACUAAAAAUACAAAAAUUAGCCAGGCGUGGUGGCCUGUAGUCCCAGCUACUGGAGAGGCUGAGGCAGGAAAAUCGCUUGAACCCUGGAGGUGGAGGUUGCAUUGAGCCCACAUCAUGCCACUGCACUCCAGCCCAGGUGACAGAGCAAGACUCCGUCUCAAAAAAAAAAAAAAAGUAUAAAGAGAGAAAUAACUUUAAAGUUUAUAGACAAAACAGAGUAUAGAUACCAAGAUGUCUGUAAAAUGAUUUUUUCUGGUUUCAAAGAGAUGUUGGCCAUUAAAAAUACAGACAAAACACUUCUUUAAACAAAAUAAGAAUGAGAAAAGUUAACCAAGGAAUUAUUCUUUUCUCACCAAUCAACACUUUUAAGAAAUACAUAUAUAUACACAUAUAUACAUGUUUUCUAUAUGUUGUAACUUAAAGAAAAUAUUUAUAAAAACACUUCAUUUUUAGUGAUUGACAAGCAAACUUGGGUUCAUUUAAAACAGAUUCCUCUUUUGUUAGUUACAGAAGAAUCGUGGGGUUUUUUUUGUUUUUUUUUUGGUUUUUUUUGCAGGGGUGGUGGGGUUUGAGACGGAGUCUUGCUCUGUUGCCCAAGCUGGAGUGCAGUGGCGCAAUCUUCGCCCCCUGCAACUUCCACCUCCCGGGUUCAAGCGAUUCUCCUGCCUCAGCCUCCCGAGUAGCUGGGAUUACAGGCGUGCAUCACCACGCCUGGCUAAUUUUUUUGUAUUUUUAGUAGAGACGAGGUUUCACCAUAUUGGCCAGGCUGGUCUCAAACUCCUGACCUUGUGAUCCACCCACCUCAGCCUCCCAAAGUGCUGAGAUUACAGGCGUGAGCCACCGCGCCUGGCCCAAUCGUGUGUUUUUGUUGAAAUGAUCCUACCAGCGAUUAGUGGCUAUCGAGAGUUUUACAGGGUUAUAUAUUUUUAAGGGACCAAGAAUCAAGUACAAAAAAAUUUAAAAGGAACUGUAAAAUCCCUUGGUCAUUCAUAAAUAAAUAUCUAAAUUAGGAAUACUACUUAAUAAUUGAAUUUUCACUCAUGAGUAUGUUCUGAAUAUUUAAUAUUUAUUUCUAUUAAUUUCGUAUGUUAAGAUACUCCAUUAAAUCUAAUUUAAAAGGAUUGUAUGUAUAAAUUGGCAUUAGGAUACAAAUGUAAAUAUUUUUAAUGAAAUUUUGCAACUUUUUAAUAUUUUAACAUAGUUUUCUAUUUGUCUUUAUUUCAAGUACCAGAAUUACAAAAUAUCUAAGUAAUAUAUUUUUGUUGUUGUUUUGGGCUUAAGGGUUCAUUCACCCUGAGUAUAUUAAUAUAAUAAAAAGAUCACUAAA